AUGUCCUGCUUCGGCCUUUUCAGCCAGAAGUCUUCCAAGACCAAAUGGUUUGAGACCACGACGAUAUCUGCGGCUGAAGCAGAAGAUGUCGUGUCGGAGGCUUCGUUCAACUCCCAGUACUCGACAGCGCUUCCUCAUGAACCGGAGCCUGAGAGUGGUCCAGGUGAGGUGCAGAAGUUGUUCACUGACACAGAAAAGCAGGAAGACAAGCUGGUCGCGGUGGUCGUCACCAUUGGUGAAGAGAUGUCCUAUGAUGAGAACUUUCGCGAAGUCAAGCCAGAGACCGUACCAGGUGAACGAGUAAGCACCUACGCUUUGAGCGUGCAUGAUGCUGGAAAGCUCUUGGAUCUCCUCUCUGGCAGGGCUGCAGAACCUGGCUGGAGAGAGCUUCUGGAGGACAUCAACAGUGUCGCUGCUGAUAGCGUCACCUUCAACUGGGAGUGCUGCGGGGCGUGUGGACCGCAUGGCUUUGGCCGGCGCCGAGCAUUCGGAGCACCGAGUGCAACCAUGCAGAUCAUCGGUCAAGCGCUGCAGAGAGGCUUCACCGUGAUGUGUUCAGAUUUCAGCCUCAAGGCCUUGCUGUCAGAGUGGUCGGAGGCCUUGCUGGGCCCAAACCCAUUCACCGUGCUCCCAUGCCAAUGUGAUCAUCAGUUCCAGUUGGACUUCUUCCCAGAGCAUUUAAAAUCUCAGGAUGAGGUUCCACAGCAGCUGCAAGUUGUUGGCGAGCUGUGCGCGCAAGAGGGCAAGGCCAUCGUCUCUGCCAUGAGCGACACGAUUGUUUAUACGAUCAAUCCCAGGAGGCCGCAGACAGAUGCGUACCAGCUUCAGGUACUUACGGUGGUUGGUAGCUGGUCUGGCAGUGGGACCGUACCCGAAGCGAUGAAGUGCGAGGUCCAGCACAACGGCUCCAGCAAGCGUGGGGUAGCAGGGCAUGUGACCCUGACUUAUCCGUCUGGCGGUCAGCUUGUCACGAGCAUGGGGCAUUGGAUUGAAUUGACCCGCAUCAACACGUCUGUGGAGUCUCUCAUGCAAGUGGCUGCGCACAAUUUUGGUGAAGAAGAAGUUUACCAACACAGACGCGAGUUGAGCCAGCUGCGCACGGAAGCCGAACGGCAGGUUUGCGUCCAAAAGCUCAGCAAACAGAUGAUCCAAAAGUCAGUGCCGACGCGGAUGAAGGCUCGGACUAAGUACUGA